AUCCAUCAAAAGCAGUUUUCGUGAUAAAGACAAACCCUCGAGGUUCAAGGAUUCACAAUCGCAAACAACGCGAUUUCAAGUUGCGCCACAAAAUGAAGAAGACUCUGACGACUCUAGUGGCACCAAGGAGGAUCGUGAGUUAUUGGACAAUGAAUAUGAUACGAAAUAUGGCAAAAGUUUUCGACACUUUACGCGUGAAGCUUUGCCACGUUUGGAUAAUUAUCGAAACAUCAUGUCCAUACAAGCCGCCUAUCGGCCCACACUUGAUGAGUUGCACAACGCAACGCUCACCGGAAAGAGUGCCAGCUUAAGUCGCAAUCAGGAUCCGGAAGCAGGCAAUAUGAAUGGUGUGCUUAAAUUCGGUUGGAUUAAGGGCGUUUUAGUCCGUUGUCUACUCAACAUUUGGGGCGUUAUGCUAUUUCUGCGUCUCAGCUGGGUCGUAGGACAAGCUGGUGUUAUAGAGGGAUUCAUUUUGAUUUUAACGACCACAGUGGUUACUGUUGUAACGUCGUUGUCAAUGUCGGCGAUUAGUACAAAUGGUGUUAUCAAAGGGGGUGGGACAUAUUAUAUGAUAUCACGCUCACUGGGUCCGGAAUUUGGCGGUUCCAUUGGUCUUAUAUUUUCACUGGCGAAUGCCGUAGCCUGUGCCAUGUACGUGGUGGGUUUCUGUGAAUCUAUGUUAGAUCUGUUGCGCAGUUUCGAUCUCACUAUUGUUGAUGGCGGUAUUCAAGAUGUGCGCAUUAUCGGUUGUAUAACCAUAACCAUACUACUUGUUAUUGUUGUCGUUGGUAUGGAAUGGGAGGCGAAG